AUGCCAACUCCUGCCACACAAAAAUCGAACGCCAAGUCAGAAGAGUCAAACAAAAAACAUGGCUCCAGGGCUCCUCCAAAACCAAACGACAAAGCUUUUAAAGUUGCUCUUGAGGAAAAUAGAGCAAAGAUUGACAAGUUACAAGAGCAACUGGAUAAAGUAAACGAAAAAAUUAAUAAUGAAAUGAAUAACGAUCCAAUUGGUCGAAAACGCGAUGAGCUUAAAAAGCAACUGGAUGAGAUUCGCGAGAAGCAAGCGCUUCAUAAGCAGGCGAGAAGUUCCACCUUCGAGAAAAUCAAGGUUUUGAACGAUGCUCUGAAUAAAAAGAAGCGUGAUGUCAAAGUCGGCAAGGAUAAGAUGCAGUUCAGGACGGUCAAAGACAUUGAUAUUCAUAUCCAGAACCUAGAGAGACAAGUCGAAUCUGGCGAAUUGAAGAUUAUAGAAGAAAAGCGAAUCAUAUCUGAAAUAUCCAAUCUCAAGAAAGCCAAAAAGACCGUUGAACAGUUUGAAAUUCAACAAACCUCCAUCGACGCGGAUCAAAAAGCCAUUGACGAUAUCAAGAAGACGCUACAAGAUACCGAUUCGAGGCAGCUCAGUGCAGAGUACGACAAGAUAAAAGCAGAACUUGAUCUUCUCUACAAAAAUCAAUCAGAGCAACAUGAAAAACGUCAAAAGUUGUUUGACGAAAGAAAAAGGCUCAAGAGCCAGAGAGAUGCAGAGUACGAAAGAAAAAAUGCCUUGUAUGAUAAUUACAACAAGGCCAAGCAGCAAUACUAUGAAUGGUUUGAUGAAAAGAAGGCAGAAGAUGAAGCAGCCCAAUUGGCCUCAAAAGCCCAGCAGCUGCGUGAAGAAGCGGCUCUUCCAGCUUUCGAAGCAGAAAUAUUGAUAUGUAAUAAUCUUAUCAACUUCUUCCAGACCAGCUAUGGGAUAAACAAAACGGCUGUUGAGCCCGCUUCUGUAACUUUUCCUGCUACUUUAAACAUUCGUGCUGUUGACACAACUGCCAAUGUACCAGAGGGUGUCAUGCUGGUGAAAAAAGAAGAUAGAGACGACGAUUACUUUGUCGGAAACAAAGAAACCAAGAAAAAGAGAAACAAACACGAAAAGAAGAAUCAAAAAAAUAAUUCGUGCCAACUCGAUAUUAGCAUUAUGGAUCAAUUAUACCAAGUCGAUGUCGCUGUUCCUACAAGUGUGAAUGAUAUAGAGAAAACUGUCGAAGCUUUAAUUGCCAAGAAGCAAUACUAUAUAGACAACCAAGAGAGAAUCACUGAGGAAAACAUCGAAAAGGUUGAAGCUAAAAUUGCUGCAAUGAAAACUGAUCAGCCUGAAAAUGGAAAAAAGACGAAUGUUGAAGGGGGUGAUAUCAAAAAGUCGGCUAAAGUAGUCACUCCUGAGGCUUCUGCUGCCACAGAGACUAAGGAGGAAGUCAAAUGA